GCCUUAAAGCUGUAUACAAUCACAGAAUCUCACUGACAAAAGAACAAGAUUUCAAAUUGUUCGUACUAGAACAAGAUUUGAUUGUGAGAUCGGAAAUCGAGCGGACACAAUGGAACACGACCCCUUUCUCCGGCAAUUCGAGCCGUCGGAUCUCAAGAUCGCUUCGGAGUUUUUGACGACAUGGCUUUCUUUCUUGUCUAGAGAUCUCUGCAAAGACUGCGUCAACGCUCUCUCCGAACGAAUCAGCUCGCUUGACCCAGAGCAUUGUAGUAACAUUGAUGGAGAUGGUAAAGCUGGUUUGGGAUUAGAAGGAACAAGUAACAAUGUGGAUGAUGACCAUGAAGGCAAGUCUACUAGAGAUUUGAAAAUUAUCGGAGACUGUGAUAAUCAUUCAUUAGGUAGUUGGAAAGAGAGUGGAAUUGCAUUUGGAUCCUUAUCUGAAGUUCUUGGUAGUGCAACGCCAUCUCGACCAGCUGCUGCUGAAACGGCAAGCCCUAGGAUGUCUUGGGCAGAUAUGAGUCAGGAAGAAGAUGAGUUUGAGGAGGAGGAGGAAGAAGAGAGGGAAUCGAGUAGGACAGGUUUUGAUGAGAGUCCGGUGAAGAAAACUCCAGAGAAGCCUAAGCUAUCAAGAGACCAAAGAGAGUCUCUCAGGCUGAGGAAUGUGAAGAGAAAGAAAGACUUCAUUUGUUUGGAGAGAGUUAAAGGAAAGAUCGUUAACGUAGUUGAAGGGCUUGAGUUGCACACCGGUGUUUUCAGCGCAGUUGAGCAGAAAAGGAUUGUUGAUCAAGUGUAUCAACUUCAAGAGAAGGGAAGAAAAGGAGAACUUAAAGCGCGUACUUAUACUGCUCCACAAAAGUGGAUGAGAGGCAAAGGACGUGUGACUAUUCAAUUCGGCUGUUGUUACAAUUACGCUAUAGAUAGAGCUGGAAACCCACCAGGUAUCCUUCAACGCGAAGAAGUGGAUCCAUUGCCUUCUCUUUUCAAAGUGAUCAUUAGAAGGUUGAUUAACUGGCAUGUGCUGCCUCCAACUUGUGUGCCUGAUAGCUGCAUUGUCAACAUCUACGAUGAAGGUGACUGUAUACCUCCUCACAUCGACAACCACGACUUCCUCCGUCCAUUCUGUACCGUCUCGUUUCUCAGUGAAUGCGAUAUCCUCUUUGGUUCAAACCUGAAAAGUGAAGGUCCUGGUGAAUUCUCAGGUUCAUACUCAAUACCGCUUCCUGUGGGAUCAGUUCUGGUGUUAAAUGGAAAUGGAGCUGAUGUAGCUAAGCAUUGUGUACCUUCAGUUCCCACAAAAGGAUAUCAAUCACGUUUAGGAAAAUGGAUGAGUCAAAACGCCCGGUUUGGUUCACUCCAGAACCUGAUUUGCAAGGGAUCGAGCCACUUCCAUUGGAGCUGAAUCGCUCUGAUUCUGCUGCAAGGUCCUCGGGAUCAAAUAACAUAAGAGGGCAUGGACGCAGAGGAGGAGCAGGCAACAAUUAUGCCACGAGAGGCUACUAUAAUCCUGUGAGAAGCAAUCCACAGUAUGACUCUGGAGAGUGGUCCUCUAGCCAGAGAAGAGGCAAGCCACGUCCUAGUAGAACCUAAGGUUAAUUAAAAUAGUACAACUUGAUCUUAAGCUGAAAUUUAUGGCUUGUUCUUUAAUUAUAACCAAUUUUCCACAUUCAAAAACUAUAUAUGAACGUCCUGUUUUUUUUCUCCAUUCAAACAAUUUAUUUUCAUU